AUGGACUCCGAGGACGUGUUCAAGCAUUACAAGGCUGAUGCCGCCUCUUCUGGCCAGAAGAAGAAUAGCAAGGGGGCUCGAGGGGAGAGUAGUAAAACUUCCCCAAAGAAGGCCCAAACUGACGACCCUCCGGCUACCGCCCCUUCGAAGGAGAACUCACCACCUCCAUCUCCACUCGAGCAGUCGGCCUCAACUCCUUCGGUCGGUCAAACUUCUCAUCCUGCAACACCUGCCGACCAGCAGCCUUCUCCUAAGGCUCUUAGCAGCCAUACAUUGCGCACUCCGCCUGAAGGCUCCUUGCCUAGUAUCAUGGUCAUCUCUGCCAGGGAGAGAGUAUACAAGCUCUCCAAGCAUAGACACAGUCAGGCCGCUAUUACUGAAACUACCUCUAUGGAGGCUGAUCAAGUUCUCAAUAGAGGACUGAACGAGAUAGUUAGCGGACUACUGACCUUAACCGCUGGCUGGCGCCGUGCUGGGGUGUUGGUGUCUCAGGGCAGGAACUUCCAUACCAGGCUCGCCGAGGCUAAGAAAGCACUCGAAGCUAAAAACAACGAGCUUACCAAACAGAAUGGUGAGUUGCUUGCGGAGAAAACGGAGCUGUCUGAGCAGAACGAAGAACUGCUCGAGCAAAAAGCUACUCUGACCGAGGAGUUGCUGGAAACCCGGAAUGCCCUGAAGAAAGCUAACGAAGCCAGGGAAAAAUUCAGGGAAAGCGCCACACUCAACUAUCAACAAGCUAUAUAG